CGUGCACCGUUGCCAAGGGUUACCGAAGAUAAUAAAGCGUGAGUGAGUGAGAGAGAGAGAGAUCGACGCAAAGAAUGCGCCGCCCCUCCAAAGCCGCCUCCGCACAUGUCUGCCCGCCCGCCCGUCCGCCUGGGGUCAAGCACGUGGUGAAAAAUGUAAUCUACUAGCAGCUAGAUGCAUCCAUCGCCUACUUACACGUUCUAUCUCUAUUAUGGAUUGGGAGAAUAGGAAAAGUGUUAGAUGACGUCACGUGAAUGUGGUGCCGUACGGACGAACGAAAGGACGGACGGACGGACAGAGGGACGGAAAAACGCGCGCGCGACUUCAGAUUCUUUCCAUCGGCAACGGUCGUACCGAUCGCACGCAAAGAUCGACGACACGAAAAUAACCGCAAAAUAAGCACACUCGUUGAUCGAACAGAACAACAAAACAAAAUGGAAAUUUCAAAUCUGAGGGAAGGUUUGCUGCUGGGCGUUGGAAACCCGCUUCUGGACAUCUCUGCCAAAGUCAAUUUGGAGUUCCUCAGCAAGUAUGACAUGAAGAAGAACGAUGCGAUCCUCGCCGAGGAUAAGCACAAACCCAUAUACAAGGAGCUGAUGGACAAGUAUCAGGUGGAGUUCACAGCAGGUGGGAGCGUGCAGAACACGCUGCGCGUUUCACAAUGGAUCCUGGAGAAACCCAAAGUGACGACAUUCUUCGGGGCGGUCGGAGAGGACGAGUACGCGAAAAUCCUGCAGGAGCGGGCGAUCGCGGAAGGAGUGAACGUGCAAUAUCAGCAUGCACAGGACUCGUCGACUGGUACAUGUGCCGUCCUCAUCACCGGCACCGACCGCUCUCUCUGCGCUAACCUCGCCGCAGCCAAUCUCUUCACACCCGACCACCUCGCCAAAAGCGAGAACAAGAAGCUCAUCGAAUCCGCCCAAUACUUUUACAUCUCGGGUUUCUUCCUGACAGUGAGUCCUCCAUCUAUCCAGGAGAUCGCCAAACACGCUUUGGCCCACAACAAGACUUUCAUCAUGAACUUAAGCGCUCCAUUCUUGUCCACCUUCUACAAGAAACCACUCAUGGAAGCGAUGCCCUACGUGGACAUCCUCUUCGGCAACGAAAGCGAAGCUGAAACAUUCGCCUCGGAGCAGAACUUCCAAACCAAGGACCUGAAGGAGAUCGCGCAGAAGAUCUGCGAUCUGCCCAAGCAGAACGAGAACAAGAAGCGUAUUGUGAUCAUAACGACCGGCACGAAUCCGGUGAUCCUCGCCGACAACGGCAAAAUAACCGAAUAUCCGAUCAUCAAGUUGGAGCACGAGAAGGUCGUCGAUACGAACGGCGCCGGAGAUGCGUUCGUCGGCGGUUUCUUGGCCCAGUACAUUCAGCAGCAGCCGCUCGAAGUGUGCAUCAAGUGCGGCGUCUGGACGGCCAGUCAGAUCAUCCAGCGCUCAGGAUGCACGUUCGAAGGCAAAGCCACCUUCAAACCGUGAUCUCUCGAAUAAGAGCAAUACUAAACAAUACACACACACACUAAACAAAAAGGGGACACAACAACGAGAUUAAUUCGCAUUUAAAGACACACACACACACCUAUACCAAAAAAAAAAA